AUGACAACAACAAAGACAAGUACUACCAAAACAACGUCAAUAUCACUUAACGAUGUACCAUUGGUAGUUCAGAAGGAGAUACUUGGAUAUAGUUGGAGAUUGAGAUGUAGUUUGAAAUGGAAGUUGGGUCUGUUGACAGUGUCAAAGUCAUGGUUCGCCAUGCUAUGCUCAAUAGAACAACAAACAAACAUAGCAACUAGUAUAUCAGUGGACAAUUCAAACAUAUUGGACUACCUCCCGCACAUCUCCAACGUCUCUUGUCUACUCGCGCAUCACAACAAGUGGAACCUGACACUAUCGGGUGAGGACGACAUUGACGACGAUGGAAUGCUCAACUUUGAACCCUUGAUCAGACGCGCACAUCAUCUUCAACUAUACCUAGAUGAUUGGGCAAACUAUGAUGACUUGCAAGCAAUCAUACGUCACGUUGAUCGUGAUCUUGGUGAGGAUGAUGAGCGGACUGUCGAGUUGGAGGUGGACCAUGUUGUGAGUUGUCAGCAACUUGCUGAUCUGGUGGCAUCAUUCGAGCAAAGACAACUUGUUUCAUUCUCAAUCUACCAUCUCGAGAGAUAUAACACCGAGUACUCAGUCGCCAAUGAGCCCGAUAACAUGGUACUCGAGGUUGUUCAAUGUCUGGACACAUGCCACGCUCAAUGGCUCACGAAGAUAGUUCUCGAUCUCAGCCUCAUAUCCGAGUCUGGUCGCAAUAAGAUCACAUCGACAAUCAGUGAGUUUGGCGCAGAGACAUUGGUCUCAUUCGGCCUGACCAUCGACCAAGUUGGCGACAAUGGCACUCUAUUCAAACAUUUGGCGCGCAUGUCCAAACUCCAAACACUGUACUUUAUCAACGAGAAACCGACAACCAAGUCCAAUGAGCAACUGCUCUCAUUCCUACUCAAACACAACACAUUGACCAGUGUUGACAUCACCAACCAGGUGUGUCCAAACUUUGUCCGCCAUCUCUUCCAAAAGUGCCCACGUCUGAUCAAGGCCGGCAUCAACAUGUCGAACAGGAUAGAGAUCACGUCCACGUCCAAUGACAUGUCCAAGCCCAUCAUCAACACCACGCUCAAGGAGUUACAAUACUAUGACAUGACCAAGACAUUGGAGAACAUAUCAGUAACAAUCCGACCGAAAAAUCUUGGUUUGGACAAGAUCGAUGAACUUUUGGAAACAAUGUGUCAGUGUCGCAGUCUGAAGAGGUUCAACAUCCAUGCUGAACUACAUGAUCCAAUAUUCCUGAUUGGACUACUUUUUGGUACCUUGGAGAAGACUGGCAAUGAUUGGUUAGAGGAGGCAGAGUUUGAAGACACGAUGAAACCAUUCAAACCACGACCAUCUACCAGGCCAUUCUUUGAUGAGAUCAUUCAAAGAGAUAACAUUAUACGUUGCCGACGAUAUCUUGAUCAUAUAUCUUGA